AACGAAUAUUGCAAUUUACCAAAUGGACACAUCAGGUUUGGUUAUUAAUAAUUAAUCGUUUCCUGCUGUAUUCCUUCGAUGCGACAUCCCUGAGCUGUUGUUUGAAAUCGAAAGAUGGUAUCUGAAACUCUGAUUUGCCGGGAUGAUGCAUAGAAAAGUUGAAAAUUGCUUAAAAAUAAUUUGACUUUCUGUAUUAAAUGUAAUAUACAUUGUAUGUCAAACUUUCGAGGCGAUGUUAGAAUAAGACAUAUCAUGCUACAAGUAGCGAUACACCCGAAGCAAUCUUUACCUCGGCAAGAAACUUUAGAAAGUCAGACUGGCAUUUUAUCGGAUCGCGUGGACUCAUAUGACAUAAAAGAUGUAAGUGUCGAAAAAAGAAAGGAUUCACUCGGCGAACUUUGGUGGAAAUUUUUAUCUGAGACGACUUGUCAUGGAUUUGGGAAAGUAGGCACCGUGCGAGGAAACAGACUGAGAGGAGUUAUAUGGACACUUUUCCUUUUAACCUCAUUGGUUUCUAUCGUUUGGUUUUUGGUGGACGAAAUACGGUGUUAUUACACGUAUCCGUUUCUAAGCAAAAUAUCUCUAGAAAGUUUCGAAAGAAUGCAUUUUCCUGCGGUAACCAUCUGCAACAUGGGCUCCAAGAACAAAUCAAAAUCUUCUAAAUCUCAAAAAGAUACCGAUUAUUGGUUAUCGGUCUCCAACAUGGCCGCUUUUACAAAUGAGGUCGACUGGAACGACUCGUAUUACAAGGAAAAUGGAUAUUUUGAGCCAAAUAGUUUGGAACAAGAAUUGAGCUUGAGCAUGGACGUCUCCAAGUUUAUCUUGACGAGCACUUUCGACUUCUUGGAUGGACAGGAGUUCAAACCCACCCUGACCUCUGUAGGGGUUUGCUUUACAUGGAACAAUGAUGGAAACAUGACCACAAAAAUGAGCGGAUCUCUUUACAAUCUCCAUGUCUUACUGGACAUACACAGGGAUCUUUAUGAAGCAAGUUUUAUCUCCGCGACUGGGGUCAAGGUUGUGGUACAUGAGCCAGGCACCAUACCGGAUCCCAUCAAUCAGGGCUUUGUUGUCGCCCCGGGAGUGUCUGCACUCGCAUCUGUGACCAAAAAAAAGUUUACCUUUUUGCCAUAUCCUUUCAAAGCCUUUGGGGAUGGGUAUUGUUUGGACACAAAUGCUCCAGACUUUGUCAACAAAUUCCACCCCACACCAUACAGUGUUAGCGUUUGUAAAAAGUUCUGUCUCUCAGAAAUAAUUUUCAAGAAAUGUGGCUGUGUGAAUGUUGGUGAUUUAGGAAAUUACCCUAUUUGUUCAAAGUACCAGAUCUCGAAAUGUUACCUUAAAGAAAUCGGGAAACUGAUAUACCAGGACGCUCAGAAUGUUAUCCAGUGUGACUGCCCCUACCCGUGCCACCAAAUGACUUACGACGUGGCUGUGUCCACUAGUCAGUUUCCCUCGGAUAUUUUGGUCCAGGUUCUGUCUUCACACUUCAACACAUCACAGGAACGACUUAAGGACAACAUACUGGAGAUAUCGAUAUUUUAUGAUAAAUUGAAUUACUUCUGGAUGAAUCAAGUCCCGAAAUACGAAAGAAUAGGAAAUGUUUUGGCUAGCAUUGGUGGUCAGAUGGGACUAUUCAUUGGAGCAAGUGUUCUCACAAUGCUGGAAUUCAUGGAAAUAAUUUUUUUAGUCUUGUUGUUUAUCUUCAAACAGCUAUGCUUCAAGCCAAGAAAAAACCCAAAAGAUGCUGUCGCUUAGCAUUUAAUUUUUUAAGAGAG